AUGGACAUAACCGACCGGGAGGCCUUGAUGGGGGCAUUGUCUAGCAUGAAGAAAAUUACCCCCUUCAAGAGAGAGCUGAACCGAAAACCCCCGUCCAGCUAUAAGGAAAUCCUUGCACGAGCGCAAGGCUACAUAAACGCCGAGGAAGCAGAUGCGAAUGACCUUGAGCACAGGUCCAAUAAGAACAAGGGGACCGAACAAGGGUCGAUGCCAGCAAAGCAUGAUGGAAAAAAGUUCCACGGCGACGUCGGCCACCACACCAACGAUUACGCCGAUCUUAAGGAUGAGAUCGAGAGAGUAAUCCGCGAUGGGAGGCUGCAGGAGUUCAAAGCCGAGCGAAUACCUAGAAACGAUGGCCACGGCGGCCAGAAUGACAGUCGACGCCGAGACGAUAACCAGCGCCCAGAGGACCGAGAACCCGCCGGCGUCAUACGAACUGUCCUCGGCGGCCUUUAUAUAGGAGGAGACUCAAGGAUAUCUCAGAAGGACUACGUCCACGAGGCCAGAGGGGUUUACCAGGAAAGGUUCUGGAGUGUCUCCGCCGCAAAAACACCAAUAUUCAGCAUCACUGAUGUAGCGUUUAACGAGGACGACGCCAGCGAAGUCCACUUCCCCCACAACGACGCGUUGGUGAUAGAAGCUAUGAUCGGGAACCAUACUGUGUGCCGGAUCCUAGUGGACAACGGGAGCUCAGUAGACCUCCUAUACUCCGACUGCCUGGAAAAGAUGGGGAUUCCAAAGGAGCAGCUAGAAAAGACCUCCAGGCCGUUGUAA